AUGGAAUUCGACUCUUCAUCAUCCAAACUCCAACGGAUGUACAAUGUGCUCAUCAACUUUAAUGGAGAAGACAUCCGUAGGAAAUUUGUUUCUCAUCUCGAUUUCUCACUCUCAAGAGCUGGAUUCACCACUUUCCUUCACGAGGAGAAUGUAUUGAAGGGAAUGCAACUCCAAGAACAACAAACACAAGCAAAAGAAAUGUGUCUGGUAGCAAUAGUUCUUUUCACCAAAACCUAUGCUGAAUCUGCUUGGUGUCUUCAUGAGCUUCAACAGAUCAUUAAAUGCCACGAAACUUGUUGCCAACAUGUUCUGCCCGUAUAUUACGAAAUUCAGCCAUCAGAUGUACGUCUUCAGAAAGGUGAUUUUGGAAAAGCCUUGAAAGCAACUGCACAACAAACAUUUUCAGGACAACAAGUGGAAUAUGCCUUGUACAGGUGGAGUCGGGCACUCACCAAAGCUGCAAAUUUCUUUGGUUGGGAUGAGAGCAAUUACAGGAGUGAUGCUGAACUAGUGGACAAAAUUGUUAAGAGCGUUCUUAAUUUACCAAUCUUGUCUACUACUAAAUUUCCAGUUGGAUUACAAUCCCACGUGGAAAAUGUAACUCGUAUGAUUGAAAAUAAAGCCAGCGAAGUCAGUAUCAUAGGCAUAUGGGGAAUGGGAGGAUUGGGUAAGACGACGAUUGUCAAAGCCAUCUACAACCAAAUUCAUGAGAUACUAAAUGGUUGUGGACUAAAUGCUGGUAUUGGAAUAAAAAUUCUCAUAAAGCGAAAUCUCAUAAAAGUUGAAAAAAACAAUAAACUGGGAAUGCAUCCUUUGCUUCAAGUGAUGGGGAGAGAAAUUAUUCUUCAAAGUUCAACACAAGAAUUUGAGAAGCGCUACCGACUGUGCUUUCCGGGCGAUUUAAAAUGUGUAGUGACAAGGAAUGUGAGAAGAGAAGUUAUUCAGGGAUUGGUUCUCAAAUCACCAUUAACCAACACAUCCUGGUCGAAAAUUCCUGCUUUCAAUGUAAUGAAUACGUUGACAGUGUGGGACGAUAUCUAUGAAGAACUCACCGGUGACUAUCCGAAUCUUUCUAAGCAACUGAGGUGGAUCUGUCAUCGAUGGUUUCCUUUAAAAUACAUACCUGAAAACUAUGAUAUGGAAGGUGUAAUUGCGAUUGAUUUGAAAUGGAGUAAUCUUAGACUAGUCUGGAAAGAACCACGGGUUUUAGGGUUGCUAAAAUUCCUUAAUCUUAGUCACUCCAAGUACUUGACAGAAACCCCUGACUUUUCAGGACUACCAAGUCUUGAACAGCUCAUUCUCAAAGAUUGUCCAAGAUUGUGCAAAGUACACCAAUCCAUUGGAGAUCUCUGCAACCUACUCCUCAUAAAUUUGAAGGACUGUACAAGUCUAAGAAAUCUCCCGAGAGAGGUAUAUAAGUUGAAAUCUUUAAAAACUCUCAUUCUAUCUGGUUGCUCGAAGAUUGACAUUUGGGAAGAUGAUGUAGCGCAGAUGGAAUCCUUGAUAACACUAAUUGCUGAAAAUAAAGCUGUGAAACAAGUGCCCCUUUCAAUUGUAAGCUCAAAAUGCAUUGGAUAUAUAUCCCUACGAGGAUUUGAAGGAUCGUCACAUAAUCUUUUUCCUUCGAUACUUCGGUCUUGGAUACCACCAAUGAAUCCCCUAUGUGAUUUGCAUCCAUUUUCCAUAGAUAUGGAGGAUAAUAGUUCGGGUGAUCUAGUGCCAUUUCUUAGCAGCCUUGCAAAUCUGCGAUGUGUUUUGGUGCAAUGUGACACGGAGUUUCAACUACGUAAGCAAGUAGAAGCAAUUCUGGUCAAACACGGUAUAAAUUUUACAGAAUUAGGGGUUUCAAAGCAUCACUUGAGGUCUUUUUUGAUUGGUGUUGGAAGUUACAAUGAAUUCUUCAACAUUCUCAGCAACAGCAUCUUUGAGGGAUUGGCAAGCAGUGAGUCUUGUGAUGUUUCUCUUCCAGAUGACAACCGUCCUUAUUGGUUAGCCCAUGUGGGUGAAGGACAUUCAGUUUAUUUCACUCUGCCUCAGGACUGUUACGUCAAGGGAAUGGCUUUGUGUGUAGUUUAUUUAUCACCCCCAGAAAUCAUGGAAACUGAAUGUCUUACAAGUGUCUUAAUUGUUAACUACACAAAGUGCACAUUCCAGAUACACAAGCAUGGCACAGUAAUUUGCUUUAAUGACAUAGAUUGGGAGGGCAUAAUAUCAAAUUUAGGAUCUGGAGACAAGGUGGAGAUUUUUGUGACUCUUGCUCAUGGAUUCGUGGUCAAGAACACAGCUGUCUACCUGAUGUGCAAUGAACCAAAUAACUCGGAAAUGGAGCCUUGCAAGCAGCCCAAGGAAAAUGCCCCAAAUAAAUUCAUAAAAAAAAUUGUAAUGUGUGACUUCAAGUUAUUGCUCUUCUUUAAGAACAGAAAAUGA